UCACGUCUUUUUUGAAGUAUUAUGUAUGUUUUUAUUUUGUUACCUCGGCACGCUAAGUGCUUCGACAUAAUGUGAACAACAAGCUAGGCGGGACAUUACAAAUACUAUCCGGUCAUUUCGCGGUCAUUAGUUUCCUGAGUUUCCAAGCGUGAAAUGAAUUGACAAUAUUAUUUGUAAAAAUGAUGGAAGCUAUUACGAUGUUGGCGUUUGCCUUAACUGUUUUAGUUCAACAAUAUGAGUGUCAAGUACCAGUCGACGACGAUGUCAAAGCUCGCUUGGAAGACAAAGUCAUACAAUCUAUGUCUUUGAAAGAACUCGAGGCUAUGGUGGAAAACGAUGAGCGAGUUUUGACUGCCCCUAGAUCAAAGAUCAUCCUCCUACCAAAGAACAGAAAUGACCCAAACGAAGAAGCUUAUAUCAUACAGCGAAAACCCAAAUUUUCUGCCAGAAAAGAAAUUGAAGCAAGGGAGCAGUAUCAACUGGACAACGAGGAUGACAGAUUCCGCUCUUCUUUUGAGGACGAAUUCAAGUCCUCACUGUUCAAAAGAUCCUAUUUACCCAAAUUUCGAUACGAGAGUGCUUUCAAAUUCGACGAGGAAUUCCCAUCUCUGUUCAGCGUGUCUGAUUUAGAUUCCCAAGGCUCAAACCAAGCGAAGAAACUUUACGAAUCUCUCGUUGAACAAAUUAUGGAUCAAAGACCAGCACCUGAAAGACGUUUUUCAAUACUAGAUGUUGCUUCGAGUGCUGAAUCACCUUCUUAUAGACCCAGAUUCGAUUAUGAUAGUUACUCCAAGGAUCCUACUGAAGUUAAAUUAAAAGGAAAAAAAUAUUGGAGAGACGAACCAGAACGCAGAGAAGAAAAACUUGAUGAUAAAGGUUGCAGAACUGUUGUCAAGAAGAUCGUUGACCCAGAAGAUGCCAAAAAACACGGAUCAAACGCUAAAAGUGUCAUAAUCACGAAAGAAUGUGAAUCUCCUAAUAUCAAUGGUCCAGAUGCAAAUAUUCCAGAAAUGCAACCGAUUGCGCAAUUGGGUGCCAGAUUAGAUUCGCGACCAUUUGCAAGCUUCGAGGCGGCAAAAUCAAACUACGAGAAUACACGACCAGUUGAACUAGAUCUCCCAAGUGCAAAAGCAAGAGAUCCCCUAGCUCCUGACUAUAUUGAUAAAAUGUUAGAUUCCCACUUUAAAAGUUUUGGAAGAUUUAACAACCCCUUAUCAUCCUUUAGAGGUUAUCAAGACAGAUUCAAACUGCAAGGUCCAGAUGCCAUCAAGGAUGUCAAACCUACCAUUCAAGUAGAAUCUUAUGAUCGGAACCAUCCGGAAUCUGGAUUUAGCGUGGAUUCAGCACCGAAGUUCGAACCUGCACAGUAUAGCAAUGAUCCUCCAAGAGCGAAUCGACAUAGCUAUCGUUAUGAAUAUCCUCAGCAAAAUCCUGCGAAUCAUGAACCUGCUUAUGAUGAUCAACCUAAAACAUAUGAACAUCAUCACCAUUACAACCAUCCAGAAAAAAGUGCAAACGAUGAUAGGUCUCGGGGCUAUGAAAGCAAAAAAGCUUUUCCAUCAGAAGAUAAAUAUGCAGAUAAAAAAGAACCAAAGAUGAUGAAAAAGAGCUAUGCAUAUUACCGCAAGGAUAAUCCUAAGGAAGAUCCUAAUGAUCAACAAUAUGCUGAAGAAUAUUCUCAUGGAAACUACAGAAGUUUUUCAUCUGACUAUGAUAGCGAUAGAGAUGGUGCUAAAAAGGAUUAAUUUCUCCAAAUUGCACCAUGUGAUAAAUAGUUAUGUGUAUAAUUUAAAUUUUAUCAACCAAACCAUGAUGAUUUUAGCGCGACCAGAGUCAAAGUUAAAAUAUUCUUCAUGUAGAUUCAUGAGCAAUGAUUUAAAAUGCACAUUAUCAUCUUUUCUAUUAUAAAAUUAAUUUAAAAACAAA